AUGGGCAAGAAGAAGCGCGGACACCCCGACGUCGAGGACGUCCUCUCUCGGCCGUGGUGCUACUACUGCGAACGUGACUUUGAAGACUUGAAGCUUCUCAUCUCCCAUCAGAAGGCCAAGCACUUUAAGUGUGAUAGAUGCGGUCGCCGCCUGAACACUGCUGGAGGUCUCUCCGUCCAUCUGAACCAAGUACACAAGGAAACGCUUACCCAAGUCGAGAAUGCGCUACCGAACCGACAAGGUCUGGAUGUUGAGAUCUUUGGCAUGGAAGGUAUUCCCCAAGACAUCUUGGAUCAGCACAGAAACCGCAUCAUCCAGAACUUCUACCAGGCGCAAGAGGAUCGUCGCAUUGCGACCGGUAACCCGUUGCCUGGCCAAUCUAAGCAGCCGAGAAAGAAGCUCAAGGUCGAGACCCCCGAGGAGCUCAAGGCGCGACUUGCUGAGCAUCGGGCAAAGCUAUCCUCCGGACAGGCUACGGGAACCAGCGGCAGUCCCGCCAACGGCGCGCCCGCAAGCGCAAGUCCUGGUGCAUUUAACAACUCCCCCUACCCCCCACCUCAAGCACCAUACGGCGCUACUCCCGAUCAGACGCAGUACCCGCAACAGGGCUACCCAUCUGGCAACUACAACGGCUUCUCUCCGUCAUCUCUCCCGGCGAGACCAUCAAGUGGCUUGCAGGCGACACCUGGCCUUCCCCAAAGGCCACCUCAGUAUGGGGGCCAGUUCUGGAAUGGCGCCGGUGCUCCUCAGUACCCAGGCGCGUCGACUGUCGAUGAGCUUGUCUCGGGUGCCGCACAACAUGGUGAUGAGAUUGAUGAGCUUAUCCGCAGGGCCGAGUCGGGCAUAAAAGCACCCAAGAAGCCCGAAGACGAGGAAGAAGCCGCAGGAGACAAGAAGUCAAAGAAGGACAAGGAAAAGAACGUCAGGAUGGUAUACGCCGACACCGAGGUCAGUCCAGAAGAACGGAUGGCGCAACUGCCAAAGUACGCCUGGGCGCCGCCCGCAUCAUGA